CCAGCGGGCGGCGGCACUGGGCAUGCUCCACCGCGGCGCAGGUUUUGGUCACAAGUAGGAAGAAGCCAGGGAGUGCACGACACCGGCAAAGAGAAGCGGGAGCCGCAGCGCGGCCGUGGGGUCCGUCGCCACCGCCUCGGAGCAGGAGCAGGGCGGCAGCGAGCGAGGGGCGAGGCCGUCAGGCCUAGAGCCGCCCAGCCUGCCUUCCCGUCCUGUGUCUCUGCGCGGUGCGCCGGACCCCCGGAUCUGUCACCUGGGCGCCGGGGACCCAUCCUCGUACCGGGAAGCCGGCGCGGACAGGACCCUCCCUCUGCCAGCUGCGUCCCGAAGGACCCCGCCUGGGGUGGAGCCGCAGCUGCCGCCUCCUUCUGCGGGCGCCCGGAGCCCGCGGUCGCGGGCACCUCCAAGGAGCCGGAGGAGGGGGCGGCCAUGGGUCUGCUGUCCCAGGGCUCGCCGCUGAGCUGGGAGGAGACCAAGCGCCACGCCGACCACGUGCGGCGGCACGGAAUCCUCCAGUUCCUGAACAUCUACCACGCCGUCAAGGACCGGCACAAGGACGUGCUCAAGUGGGGCGACGAGGUGGAAUACAUGUUGGUAUCUUUUGAUCAUGAACAUAAAAAAGUCCAAUUGGUCCUGUCUGGAGAGGAAGUUCUUGAAACUCUGCAAGAGAAGGGAGAAAGGACAAACCCAAACCAUCCCACCCUUUGGAGACCAGAGUAUGGGAGUUACAUGAUUGAAGGGACACCUGGGCAGCCCUAUGGAGGAACCAUGUCCGAGUUCAACACUGUCGAGGACAACAUGCGAAAACGCCGGAAGGAGGCCACCUCUCUGCUGGGAGAAAAUCAGGCUGUUUGCACGAUAACCUCGUUUCCCAGAUUAGGCUGUCCUGGGUUCACACUGCCCGAGUACAAGCCUAACCCGGUCGAAGGCGGAGCUUCCAAGUCCCUCUUCUUUCCAGAUGAAGCCAUAAACAAGCACCCCCGCUUCAGUACCCUAACGAGAAAUAUACGACACAGGAGAGGAGAAAAGGUGGUCAUCAACGUACCAAUAUUUAAGGACAAGAACACACCAUCUCCAUUUAUAGAAACAUUUCCUGAGGAUGAUGAAGCAGCAAAGGCUUCUAAGCCAGACCAUAUUUACAUGGAUGCCAUGGGAUUUGGGAUGGGCAACUGCUGUCUUCAGGUGACAUUCCAAGCCUGUAGCAUAUCGGAGGCCAGAUACCUUUAUGAUCAGUUGGCCACAAUCUGUCCAAUUGUUAUGGCUCUGAGUGCUGCAUCUCCCUUUUACCGUGGCUACGUGUCGGACAUUGAUUGUCGCUGGGGAGUGAUUUCUGCAUCUGUAGACGAUAGAACUCGGGAGGAGAGAGGACUGGAGCCACUGAAGAACAGUAACUAUAGGAUUAGUAAAUCUCGAUAUGAUUCAAUAGACAGCUACUUAUCUAAGUGUGGUGAGAAGUAUAAUGACAUUGACUUGACGAUAGAUAAAGAAAUCUACGAGCAGCUGUUGAAGGAAGGGAUCGACCAUCUCCUGGCACAGCAUGUUGCUCAUCUCUUUAUUAGAGACCCCCUGACUCUGUUUGAGGAGAAAAUACACCUGGAUGAUGCCAAUGAGUCUGACCAUUUUGAGAAUAUUCAAUCCACAAAUUGGCAGACAAUGAGGUUUAAGCCACCUCCUCCAAACUCCGAUAUUGGCUGGAGAGUGGAAUUCCGGCCCAUGGAGGUUCAGUUAACAGACUUUGAGAAUUCUGCCUAUGUGGUGUUUGUGGUGCUGCUCACCAGAGUGAUUCUCUCAUACAAACUGGAUUUUCUCAUUCCGCUGUCAAAGGUUGAUGAAAACAUGAAAGUCGCACAGAAAAGAGAUGCCGUCUUGAAGGAGAUGUUUUAUUUCAGGAAAGAUAUUUGCAAAGGUGGCAAUGCUGUGGUGGACGGGUGUGGCAAGGCGCAGAACAGCACAGAGCUGGCGGUGGAAGAGUACGCCCUCAUGAGCAUAGACACCAUCAUCAACGGGAAGGAAGGUGUGUUUCCUGGGCUCAUCCCCAUCCUGAACUCUUACCUUGAGAACAUGGAAGUGGAUGUGGACACCAGAUGCAGUAUUCUGAACUACCUGAAGCUGAUUAAGAAGAGAGCAUCCGGAGAACUAAUGACAGUUGCCCGAUGGAUGAGGGAGUUUAUUGCAAACCAUCCUGACUACAAGCAAGACAGUGUAAUCACCGAUGAAAUGAACUAUAGCCUUAUUUUGAAGUGUAACCAAAUUGCAAACGAAUUAUGUGAAUGCCCAGAGUUACUAGGCUCAGCCCUUAGGAAAGUAAAAUAUAGUGGAAGUAAAACUGACUCUUCCAACUAGACAUUCUCUAGAAAGAACAACACAUUGCUGUUUCAUUGAAGAAGUGACUGUGGGACUGGGACUCCGAGCCCACGUGUAUGGUGUGAAGACCAAAUAAUAGAACUGUACUGUUCCUGGGCCAGUGGGCCAGAAAUGGAUUAGAGGCUUUUCUUCAGUAGGCAGAUCUACAGUUUAUACAGUAUACAUGUACAAAGUAAAGUAUUUUUAUGAUUAACAAUGUAUUUUAAUAACAUUGUACCUACAGUCAAUGUGAACUGGCUUGUACAUUUUGAAUUCUUACUCUGGAGAGAAUGCUGUUUAAGCAGUCUUGUAAAUGCAGUGUACUAGCAGCUGUACAAUACCUUCAUUCCAGAGUUUAAAAUGUUUGUUGUAAAUUUUUGUUCCUUUGAAGACUACGCGGGACCUGAUUCAUUGAAAUGUAUCACUUUAAAAAUACUUGCUCUAGCUUUGAGUCAUCUCCUUUGUUGUGUACAUAAAAUCACUUAUGAUUCAUGGGAGGUGCGUCAGGGCUGAGCUUGGCUUCCCAGCACCUUAUCUGUGGUGCUUCUUCUGCAGUUGGAAUAACUGACCAUGGGACUGAAUAAAACCCACUGACCGCUGAUGGCUUGUUGUGAAAGGGCAUCUCCACUAUUACACUUGCUAAUUCAGUCCUUAAAAGAUAACUUUGUAGGAGGAAAGGAGACUUACCCAGAGUUCACCUGUAAUGAUUAUCAAUUAUUUUUCUUCCUGUACGUACUGUCAAAAAUGACAUCAGUUCUUCUGAUUCAGAUUGCUGCUUUAUUCUUAAAUCCUCAAACCUAAAGCAGUUACUGAAGUGCUCGGAUUUUUUUUUUUUUUUUUUUUUACUCUCUUCUCUCAUUUCCCUUGAGCAUAUUGAUAUGGACUUCUUUUAAAAGCCAUUCACUCCAAUCUUGGAGAACGUUCUGUAUACUGCUUACCUUUCUCUAUGAAACUCAUAAAUCAUGAAAUGCACUAAGUGUUGUGAAUCAGGACCCUAGAUGUUUAAUUGUAAAUAAUUUUAUUUCAAAUAAUUGUUACAGCUUUGUGUUGAAGUUUUGUUUUUCUCAAUUAGAGUCUUAACUGCUUCUAAAAAUAACUGUAUUAUACAUUAUGCAAACCUUUAAGGCAUAAAUAUUUAAACUGUAAUGCUAAUUUUAAAAGAUUGCAAUAAAGCUGCUUCAGCUAAACCUG